AGUCAACCACAAUGGGCCACUGAUAACACCAUCAUCAUCGUUAUUCUCGGAUGUCCAACCUACAUUUUCCAGUGCUUCCUGGUGGGCGUGAGCAAAAAUUUAACAAGCUUCUCCAUUAUUUAUGGCGGUUAAAUUGCAAAAGUGCAGCAGUCAAAACAAAAACCAUGAAGAGAAUAGGUUGAGGACCACUGAUAAGUAUAUUUAUUUUGACAACUACUAGUUUGGGAUAACAAAACUGUCUUUAGUUUUUACCAUCCUAAUUUUUUAAAUACCUAAGAGUGUUUUACUCCAAAAUAAGGGUCUUUAAAAAUGUUUGAGUCGUUUAUUUUUUAAAGUGUUUACUCAGUAGUCCCUGCAUAACACCUUCAUGCUGUUUGCGGAUUGGAGGGUAUGUUGCUGUGGCCAGCAGGCUUCCGAUCCCUUGCUCCAGGCUCCUGGCGCCUGGCACUCAAUUCCUGGUUGGCGGCGGCCCCCAGUUCCGACGUGUGUAUUGCUUCGUAAUUACGCCGCAAAUGGGCGGGGUCAUGGGUCGGCGGAGGCAGCACCUUUCGGCGCCCACCUGGGAUCCCGAGUCCGUGGUAGGUGCAACCAAUUUUCACUUUCAUCCAUGAUUUAUGUCUUCACGACCCGUGUUGCCUUCCCAAUGGAUGCAGUUUUAAAGUUAACAAAGGUGGAAGCUUGGGCUGAAUAUAAUUGCUGAAUGGAACUACUUAUAUUCAAAUGGAUUUAAAAAGCAAUAUAUUGCUUGAACAGCGUUCAAAAUAAACGAUCGAUUUGGCGUUGCCACCUUAUGUUAUUCGAUUGUCUAGUGCUGCCAUUUUUAUUUUCAUGCCAUUCACAUUUCGACGCAUUUGUUGUCAUUGGCUUGUUUUUGUUGUGCGCUAGAAAAUUUAAAAAAUAGUAAAUAAUAACAAUUAACGUUUUAAAACUAUCAGAUGAGUAACAGGGCGAAAUCGCCCGAUAGCCGAUCGGCAGGAUUUCUUACUCCAUUGCGGUCCAAAGAGUUGCUGGAAAGAGAGAGAUCCAAAAUAUUUUCCCCCAAGAGAGGGUUAUUAACCCCCCAAAACAUCCAAACCCCCAAAAACCCUCAACUGAGCGUCCCAUCUAUUAUGAUUACCGAUGCUGAGCUGGGUUUGGAACGUCCGAAGGAAUUGGUACAACGUUUGGACAGGUUCCUAAGUCGAUCGGCCUCAGUCUCUAGGCUUCCAGCAAAAAAUGGCCAUUUGACAUCCCAAAAUAGGCAGCGAACAUGGGAGAGACCAAAAACAUCCGAGUUACGCAUAAAAGUAAUUCCUGCAUCGGAACCGCGCCAUUUUCGUACCAAGGAACACACAUCACGAUCUCGAGGAACUUCUGCCACAAAAAAACUUUCCUAUAACAGUCAGAAUUGCCAGGAUCUGCCUGAAACUCCCGAUAAACGCUUGACAUUCAUACCUUCCUCGGAACCCAUCCGGCCGAAGGUGAUCCUCGAAAGGGAAAAGCAGGAAGCUUUAAAGAGUCGCUUGGUAUCAGCAUCGAUUGACCGCCUGAAAACAAAGCCACCAACGACCAGUUUCACAACGAGCAAGCAGCUGGUGCCCUCGAUUGGUUUUUCGUACCCCAAGGAUCCACAGAGCCUGCACUCUUCCAGCAAAGCAACCAAGCUGACCAACUCAAAGCGCAAGUUGGAUUUUCACACCGAGCUGGGGAAGGACUCGUUGCGGCAAAAGCUAGAGAGGAUUUCAAAAGAAUGGCAGAAAAGAACUGAGUACCAGUUACGUCAGUUUAUCUCGGAUUUCAUGAAUCAGGUCGUGUGCUAUUUGCCCUUUCAUGGAGUAACGUUCUCGCAUCUUAGCAGGGAUUGCUAUGUGCUGCAAAUAAUGGAGGCUCUGCAACAGCUCCAGUUCAAAAAGGUGAAUACAGGCUGGCUGCAAACGCCAAACACCCAACCAGCCGUCGACCAUGUGCUGGAAAUACUCCGCUUCUUGUUGGAUGUCAUUGAAAAUCGAAAAGAGGAGGCCAUUUGUAUGAUUCCUAUUGUUUCAGAAGGAACGGAAUGGCUAAAGCAGAUGCAGGGGUGCACAAAAUUUGUGGAACAAAAGAUGGAAGAGCUCACAGUAGCGAAUGGUACCCCUAAUGAUCUCACGAGGCUGCAAGGAAAAUUGGAUAACAACCGACAAGUGGAUCUGAAAUUAGCAAUUACGGUAGCCAAUAAAGAAGUGGAAAAACUUGCAACAUGGGCCAGGAAUCCGGACCACACCAGAUCUCGAGAUGAACUGCAAGAGCGUUACCAUGAACAAGAGCUGAAAAGUUUGCGACUUCAACUUUUUGGCGAGCUUGUGUGUCUUGCCAACCUGAAGUUAAGUCGCUGUUAUAACGGAGGAAAGGAUAGCAUCAAAGCUUUUAAUGACCAAAUACAGGAUUUGGCGGAGUGCUCACGAGUAUUCAGAAAUAGUAAGCCAAUAUCCCAAUUACAUUUAAACCUGAAUCAUACGAAGGCGGAUAUCCAAGAGCGUAUGGAGAAACUACGAUGUAUGCUUGAUGAGAAUAGCAAUAAUCUUCGCCAGUUAACAGCGAAACCCCAAGGAAACCUUUAGGCCAACUAAGCCACUUUCCUCAUUAAAUCUCAAAAGGCUCGAGUUAAUUUAAGCAAAUAUUUGCGUGUUACACAAGUUACACACAGAGCUUCUGGCUUAGUAAUUCCUUCCUGAAUUUCACAGAUUUAUUUAAUUGAAUUUAUCAACUGGAAGCCUCGGCCUGGAUUUAAGUUUGUGUAAUUGACAUUUGAAUGAGUCAUUGGCAGCUUGGCUACACUCACUCAAAGGAAAUAGCUGCAAAGUUAAGCCGCUUAAUUUCAAACCACUUAAAUAUUUGCAUUUAAAGAAUUUGUGAAAUGUAUGUAUUAUUGUAGUUUUUCUUUUUACAUGCUUGUACAUACCUACCUAACAAAUUAUAUUUUCGAAAAGGAAAUAACAUAUAUAAUAAUAGUCAGGUUUAAAGUUCUGUAACUGUAAAAGAUGCCACUUUAAAGGCAUUGGACCCGAAAAUAAAUUAAAGGACAGUAUGUAAAUAACAGCAGUAGAGUAGCUGC